AAAUAUCACAAACCUACAUUACUCUUCGAGUCCUGAACCCAGCAUGUCAGCUUGACCCGGCUUGGCUAGAAGAAGACCUUACAAGUGCAGUAAACCGUGUGAUCGCAUAUCUACACAAUGUGGCUUGUGGACCCAGUGAUGAGCACACGGCUUUUAAACGCGUGCAUCACAAACUUGAAGCUCCAGCUUUUACAUAUCGUUUCCCAUUGCUGAGAAAAACUCUCUUGGACCAACAUACUAACCCUGAAGUAAAAAUACAGGUGCUUGAGAUUAUUUCAGAGCAUGCUCAGUUGAGGGUUGGAAAUGAUGAUGAUGGAGAUGAUCUAAAUAGUCCCGUCUAUCUUCCACGAAGAGAAAUGUUAGAUGUGUUGAUUCAAGUCAUUGGGCAGACUUCUGGGAAAGUACAGCAACUUUCAACUAAGACGUUGAUUGACGUGGCUGCAGCAGCAAGUGGUUUGGAAGGAUGUGCCAGAGCUUCCUUUGAUGAGGUUCAGUCCUUGCUGCUAGGGUUAACCUCUGCAGAGCCUGCAGUCAGGGAAGCUGCUCUAAGUGGGCUGUUAGUGCUAGUUAUGGUGUUGCCCUCAACCAGCACAAGCUAUGAACUUGGCCUGGAGGUGACACGCCGAGUGUGGAUCACAAAGUUUGACUCUGACGAUGGUGUUAAGGAACUGGCAGAAAAACUCUGGGAUGAAGCUAAACUAAAUGUGGAUCCUAUGCUCUGCUCAAAGUUAUUGAAUGAUGUUUCCCAUCCAGAGAGUGUAGUUAGGGAAGCUGCUGCUGCAGGAUUGGCUCAGCUUUUACGAGAAUAUCCUGAGCAACUAGACGUCACAGUUCAGGAACUGUUGGACCUAUACCAAGAAAACUUAUCUGUUCCUCCACCAGUCCUGGACAAUUUUGGUCGAUUAAUUUCGGAAGCUCUUCCAGACACGUGGGAGCCUCGAAGUGGUAUUGCCAUGACGUUGUGUUGUUUGGCUCCUCAGCUGGAGAAGGAAAUGGUGUCUCAGUUAAUGACGUUUUUUGUGGGGAAUGGAUUAGGUGACCGCCAUGAGUUAGUUCGCAAAAAUAUGUUGGAUGCUGCUGUAGCUAUCGUAGACAGUCACGGAAAGGACAUGGUCACUACCUUGCUACCAGUGUUUGAAGAAUUUCUUGAUCAAGCGCCUGACUCUUCAAGCUACGAUGCAGUUCGACAAAGUGUUGUCAUCCUCAUGGGAACCUUGGCUCGUCACUUAGACAAAUUUGAUCCAAAAGUGAAGCCCAUUGUAGCCAAAUUGAUAGAGACUCUUUCUACCCCAUCACAGCAGGUUCAAAAAGCAGUUGCCGAUUGUUUACCACCACUGGUUCCGGCCAUUAAAGAAGACGCUCCACAGUUAGUCCAUAAGCUGGUACAGCUGCUAUUAGAGUCUGAGAACUAUGGAGAAAGGAAGGGUGCUGCUUACGGUCUUGCUGGUCUGGUUAAAGGACUCGGUAUUCUGUCACUAAAACAGCUGGACAUAAUGACCACACUGACCAAUGCUAUACAAGACAAGAAGAACUAUAGGCAUAGAGAAGGUGCAUUAUUUGCCUUCGAGAUGCUGUGUAACAUGCUUGGUCGACUCUUUGAACCUUACAUAGUUCAUGUUCUUCCCCACUUGUUGCUUUGUUUUGGAGAUGGAAAUCAGUAUGUUAGAGAGGCAACAGAUGAAACAGCAAAAGCUGUUAUGAGUAAGCUGAGUGCCCAUGGAGUGAAGUUGGUUCUCCCGUCGCUGUUGGCUGCCUUAGCUGAAGAUUCCUGGAGAACAAAAGCUGGUAG